AUGGACACUCCGCUUCCAGAAAUCGAUGGCGCCUUGUCCAUCACCAACCACCCGGCAUCAAGACUAGCGGGGCCCAGCUUGCUUCACCAGCUCGUUCAGCACAGCUCACAAGAUGGGCAGCCUGCCAUCGACUUUCUCACCUCAGACAACAACCGCAUGUCCCUCUCGUACGCGGAACUUCACCGUGCCUCCGAAGACCUGGCAAGCAGAAUCUCGGCGUUCGCCGGGCCCGACAACGAGGGGUCGAAGCCGUUUGUGGUGCCCGUUCUCGUCCCACAAAGCCCAGAGCUCUACAUCGCGCUCUUGGCCAUCCUCAAAGCGGGCGGCGCGUUCUGUCCGAUGAACCUGGACGUGCCGCUUGAGCGCGCAAGGUUUAUCUUGGAGGACGUCUCUGCGAAAGUGGUCAUCACCACCUUCUCGCUCGCGUCGAGGCUCCCUUCCGACAGUCCGGCCGCUGUUUUGAUACUUGAUUCGUACAAUCCAGACCGCGACGAACCACCACCACCACCCCAGCAACAGCCCAGCAGCAGCAGCAGCAGCAGCAGCAGCAACAGCAGCAGCAUAAGACGAAAACAGCCACUACCCAGCGACCUAGCCUACGUGAUGUACACCUCGGGCUCGACGGGCACGCCCAAGGGGGUAUGCAUCUCGCACUUGGCCGUAACGCAGAGCCUGCUCGCGCACGACCGGCACAUCCCCCGCUUCUCGCGCUUCCUGCAGUUCGCGGCGUCGACCUUCGAUGUCGCCGUCUUCGAGAUCUUCUUCCCCCUGUUCCGGGGCAAGACGCUUGUGGUCUGCUGUGCCCCCCGCGCGGCACUGCUGCUCAACGACCUGCCGGGCGUGAUUCGGAAGAUGGAGGUCGACGCGUGCGAGCUGACCCCCUCCGUGGCGGGCAGCUUGUUGCGGACGAGGGAGAAUGCGCCUGGUUUGAGGCUGCUGCUGACGAUUGGGGAGAUGCUGACGCGGCCGGUUGUGGAUGAGUUUGGCGGUGGUAGUGAUGGUACUACUAGUAGUAGUAGUAAUGAGGGGGACGGGAGGGAGAGCAUGCUCUGGGGCAUGUACGGCCCGACUGAGGCGGCGAUACACUGCACGCUGCAGCCUGCUUUUGCCAGCAGCUCAACGGUGCGGAAUAUCGGGGUGCCGCUGGACACCGUUUCGGCCUUUAUCCUGGCGCUUCCGGAGGGGGACGACAGCGACAGCGAGAACGCAAAGUUUGAGUUCAGGGUUCUGCCCCGUGGGGAGGUCGGUGAGCUGGCGGUGGGCGGCUACCAGCUCGCCGAGGGGUAUCUCAACCGGCCCGAGCAGACGGCGGCCGCGUUCAUCGACACCCCCGCCUAUGGCCGUCUCUACCGCACGGGCGACAAGGCCCGGAUGCUACCCGAUGGCACGCUGGAGUGCCUGGGCCGGGUUGCAGACGGGCAGGUGAAGCUCCGCGGGCAGCGGAUGGAGCUGGGCGAGGUCGAGCAUGCUGCGCUGAGGGCGGCGGGCUGUCACGGCGCGGUGGCGGCUGUCGUGGAUGCUACGACGCUGGUGCUCUUCUGUGCUGUGGACGGGGAACGCCAGGACAUGGCUGAGAGGAUUAUGGAAUCCUGCAGGCGCUGGCUUCCGGGAUUCAUGCUCCCCGGGGAUGUCGUUGUUGUGGAGCGCUUCCCGCGCCUUGCGUCGGGGAAGGUCGAUCGGAAGCGGCUGGUUGCGGAAUACAGAGAUCGGAUGUCGGACGCGGCGCGGGAGAUUCUGCCUUACAAGGACGAGUUGGAGCAACGGCUUUGCGAGCUCGCGAGCGAGUGCUUAGGGGUCCCGGUUGAUUCAAGCCAGGACCUGUCUAGGGCUGGUCUGGACUCGCUCAGCGCUAUCAAGCUGGCCUCCGUGCUCAGGGGAGCGGGCUUCGACAUAGGGGCAAUCAGCGUACUAGAAGCAAGGACAAUAUCUGCCCUGCAUCGCAAGCUGCGCUCAACCGCCGAGAUCCUGGAGCUGCAGCCUGAACCCAACGGCGCACAUCCGCUGGAGCUGGACGUCUCGGACAUUGUCGCUCAGCACGCGAUCCUCUCGACGCAUGACCAGUCUAUGGAGAGCAUCCUCCACUGCACGCCGCUCCAAGCGUCGAUGCUCGCCGAGACAUUGGCACAUCCGGGAGCCUACUGCAACUGGGUUGAAUUGAGCUGUUCCGGGACUCACACCGAAGAAUCUGUCCGGUCAUGGUUCGAUCAACUUGCUCGGGCGAACGAAGUCCUUCGAACUGGCUUCAUUCACCACGAGGGGCAGUUCCUGCAGGUCAUCUUUGAAAGCUUCAGCGAAUCGAAUAUCUGGACGACGAGCACCAUCGUCAGGGGGUUCGACGUGAAGGACGACCAGGACCUCCUUCGCCCGGUCCUGAUCCAGAUCGCCCCGCCCGAAGAGAGCGGCGAAACGACCGUCCAUCUUCGGCUUCACCACGCCGUAUAUGAUGGAUGGUCUCUGGACCUGAUUCUAUCGGAUCUUGCCCGGCUAGCACGGGGAGAGCAGCUGCAGCCUAGGCCUCAGUUCCGUGAGAUCUGCGCAUACUACAACUCGACCGCUUUCCGAAACGCGUGCGACUCGGCGAGGGAAUUCUGGGCUGGGUAUCUCCUGGACUUCCAGCCUCCAGCCCUUCCGAUUCUCGUCUCGGAGGCCAGUCGCUCACCGGCGGUGUUGUCUUCAUCCGUUUCUCUGGGCAUUGAUCCGCAGGACCUGAAGUCAGCUCUCCAGCGCAUCGACUGUGGUCCCCAGACGAUCUUCCAGGCGGCGCUGGCAUGGCUAUGGGGCUACAUGGUCGGCAGCAACGAUGUGGUGAUUGGUCUGAUCCAGUCCGGGCGGACAAUGCCCGUCUCAAGAAUCGAGGAUAUCGUUGGGCCGUGCAUCGCCCCGGUGCCUCUCCGAACAAAUCUGUCACAGGUCCGGACGAUCAGAGACCUCCUCGUCAACGUGCAGGCCGGGAACAGGGCCACUCUUGCCCAUAGCAUACUGCCUCUCUCCCAGAUCAAACGGGUGGCAGGGAUACGUUCGGGGCAGUCGGUUUACGACGUGCUGUUUAUCUACCAGGAGUCACUCCACAGCAAAUCACAAACCGGGGAUGUCGUCAGGCAGGUUGCUCACCAGGACUACCUAGAGACGAAGCUGUUGGUCGAAGUUGAGCCAAGGGAGAGACACUUCGACUGCCGAUUCACCCAUCAUUCCGACGUGUUCCCGGAGGACAUGGUCAAGAUCAUGGGCGAGUCAAUCCAAGCCCUCGUUUUCUACUUUCUAGGCCACUUAGACUCCGAACUCUCGUCGAUACCCAAGGCCUUCCCACAGCAUCUCCUCUCCGUUUACAACCCGACGCCGAAAACAUUCACAGGGGUUCCGGACCUAGCAUACGCCGUGGAGCGCACUGCCGCUGACCAUCCCGACAAGGACGCGCUUUGUUUUGCCAGCCACAUCUCAGAGGGCAGCAUCACAGCCACAACCAUCACCUACUCCGAGCUCAACACAACUGCCAACCGAAUUGCCUGGCACCUCCACCAGCAUGGUGCUCGCGAGGGAGGCGUCGUAGCCAUCAUCAUGGAGAAGUCCGUCCGACUCUAUGCCGGCAUCCUCGCAAUCUUGAAAACCGGCAGCGCCUACCUGCCCCUUCUCCCCAGCACCCCCAUCGCUCGGAUCGCGGCAAUACUCCAGCAAGCCCAGGUCGACCUGUGUCUCGUUGACACCGCCACGGGGGCCAAGCUAAACCCUCACCUGCGGGGCCACCACUCCAUCAUCGACCUCCAAUCCCUCCCUCUCCCUCUCCAUCUCCAUGAUCAACCGGCACCUCCCCUCAGACCCAAGCCGAACACCGACCCCGACCGACUGGCCUACAUCAUCUACACCUCCGGCAGCACGGGCACCCCCAAGGGGGUCUGCGUCACGCAGCGCAACAUCCUCAGCAACCUCGACGUCCUCUCACGCAUCUACAACAACCACAACCACUACCCCAUCCGCACCAAAAAUUCCAGCAGACUGCUCCAGUCGUGCUCGCAAGCCUUCGACGUCUCAGUCUUCGAGAUCUUCUUCGCCUGGACAACAGGGAUGUGUCUCUGCGCCGCGGCCAACGACACGCUGUUCGCCGACCUGGAGCGGGCGAUUCGCAUGUUGGGGAUCACGCACCUCAGCAUGACGCCCACGACGGCGUCGCUCAUCGUGGAUCCGGCUCGCGUUCCCGCCGUGGAGUUUCUCGUUACGGCGGGCGAGCCUAUGACGGAGCUUGUGGCCAGGAGGUGGGGAAGCAGCAGCAGGCUGCGGCGGCUGUUCCAGGGUUAUGGGCCGAGUGAGACUACGAAUAUUUGUAGUGUUAGACGGAUGGUGGGUGCGGAAGGGGAUGGGGAAGGGAAAGGGGGCCAGGUGGUGGUGCAGCACCUGGGCUGGUCGCUGGAGAAUACCUCGACUUUCGUCCUGGAUACUAGUACUACUAGUAGUAAAGAGGGAGGCAUGGAGCUGGUGCCCAUCGGCUGUCUGGGCGAGCUCUGCUUUGGUGGAGACCAGGUUGCGCGCGGGUACCUCGGCAUGGACGAGCUGACGGCUGCGAAGUUUGUCGACCAUCCUUUCCUGGGCCGCAUCUACCGGUCGGGCGACCUCGGGCGCAUGCUGCCGGACGGGUCCAUGGUGAUUGUGGGCCGGGCGGACGAGCAGAUCAAGAUCCGCGGCCAGCGGGUCGAAUUGGACGAGAUCACGGCCGCGGUGAGGGAGUCGGCCAAUGCGGUGGCGGACUGCGCUACACUGUUCCUGCGUGCGGGGGAGGAGGAGGAGGAGGAGGAGGAGGAGGAGGAGGAGACCAGGCCGUUGCGGGACCAGAUUGUCUCGUACUUUGUUCCCGGCGGCCAACGGGAGGUUGCCGGCGGGUUCCGGGUUGUCGAUGUCGAUGACAGGCUCAGGGAUACAGUCCGGACCUUGUACGGCUCUCUCACGGCGAGGCUACCCAGCUACAUGAUUCCCUCGGCGGUUGUCCCGAUCUCCACGCUGCCGACUACUGCGGCGGGGAAGCUGGAUAGGACCCGGCUCAAACAAGCCUUCAGGGGUCUCGACAAGGGUUAUUUGGCACUUGUCAGCCAUGGUGCGGAGCGGACUGAUGCGGAUGAUGGGGAGUGGUCAGCCGUCGAGGUCCAAGUUGCUAAAGCUCUGUCGAGCGCGCUAAACGUGAGCAAGGGCGGCAUCCGGCGAUGGGCGCCUCUCGUUACGCUGGGCCUGGAUUCUAUCUCGGCAAUUCACGUCUCCAAGCAGUUGCACGCAGAGCUCGGCAAACGACUCCCGAUCUCCCUGAUCCUGCAGAACGCCAGCGUGGCGAAACUCGCGCGGGCUCUCGCCGACAUGGACACGUCAGGUCCGGAACAACAAGCGGACUCGGACCUCCUGCCGGAGGACUUGGUCCGUCAGGUCACAAAGCGACUAGAGCAAGUUGGAAGACUGGCCGUCAAAGUCCUCCCCUGCACUCCCCUCCAAGAGGCGAUGCUCGCUACGUCGGCUGGCAAGGGGCGCUAUCUCAACCGCAUGCUCUUCCGGGUCACUGGCGACAACCUCUCAAAGCUCAGGGAGGCCUGGCACGCCAUGUGUGCCCGACACGACAUCCUGAGAACAUGUUUCCUCUCCACGGCGGAUGGUCGAUGGCCGAUCGUGCAGGCUGUGCUGGAAGAAUGGCCGCCGGUCUGGCACAGCUCUGAUGCUUCCCAGUGCGGCAUGGAGGAGUGCAUAUCCCGGCACGCCCAACACGUCCCUGACGCGCUUGACUCGACGGAGCCGGCGGUGUCGUUUGCCAGCAUCACGCAGGAUGGCCGUCUCUAUCUGUCCUUUGUCUGCCAUCACGCGCUGUAUGACGGCGUGGCGAUCGAGAGGCUCCUGCAGGAGGUCGAGUGGCAUUGCUCUGGUUUAGAUCUGUCGGCCACGCCAUCCUAUGAGCAGUUCCUCCGCGCAUCUCUGGACCUGCCCGGCUCGACCGACGAGUUCUGGCUUGGCCACCUGGCCGGCUACGAGUCGAAACUGAUCACCGACCUCGGCUCUGAACUCGAACUCGGCGAGACACGCCCCAGUCCUCCGCUGACACAUCAUGAAGUAGCAGAUCUCCCGCUGUCGCAUGUACAAGUCCGCAUUAGAGAGCUCGGGGUCUCGCUGUUGGCACUCAUGCAAGCAGUCUGGGCCGCUACGCUGGGAGCACUCUUCCAGACAGACGACAUCUGCUUCGGGAACGUCGUCAGCGGCCGCUCCCUUACUACUAAUACUACUACUACUAGUAUCGAGGGAAUCAACGAGCUCGUGGCCCCCUGCUUCAACACCAUGCCCGUCCGCAUGGACCUCUCCCGCAGUCAGCGACACGUUGACCUGAUGAAGGCAUUCCAGAGCCUCGGCGCCGAGCUGAUGGCCUACCAGUUCACUCCGCUUAGACGCAUUCGGUCGUUGUUUUCGCAGCAUGGCUCGACGCGGCGUUUGUUCGAUACCCUUUUGCUUUUGCAGCGUGCGCCGAGGGGGCUGGAUCCGUCGCUUUGGACGCUGGAGCGCGAUGAUGGGGAAAUGGAUGUCCCUCUUGUUUGCGAAGUCGUUCCCGAUACCCACAUAGACCGUCUUGUUGUGACGAUACAUAGCGUAGAAAGCCAACCACUCCCCACGGGGAUCGCCGAUCUAAUUCUUGAUUUAUUUUCUCACUUCCUCCGGCACCAUCUCCGGUUCCCUGCCUCCCAAAACUCCCUUGACCACCUCCCUCCGGACCUUGCCGCGAAGUUAUCCCACAUCCGACUCCUACCCCCGCAGCAACACGCAGUCGAAACGGCCACCAACAACAACGCACCCGAGGUGUGGACGGCAACGGAAAGCUCCAUCCGCGAGGUGCUGGCGGCGCUCUCAUCCCGAAAUGCCGAGCGAAUCCGGCGGCAGACCACCAUCUACCAGCUCGGCCUGGACAGCAUCAGCGCGGUGCAGAUCGCCUCGCUGCUCCGCAAAAAGGCCGGCCACCCCGUCUCGGCCAGCGACGUGAUUGAGCACCCGACCUGUGAGAGCCUGGCGCGGCACAUCGACGCCCGCGUCCCUGAGUCAGGGGUUACUAGUAGUAGUAGUACAUCCACAUACUACUACUACGACAUCGCCAAGUUCCGUGCCGAGGUGCAGGAACAGCUUUCUUCUGUUCCGGGCCUUGCGAUCGAGGAGGCGGUAAUCCUACCGUGCACCCCGCUGCAGUCGGCCAUGAUGGCGCAGUUUGUGAAGUCUGGCGGGCGGGACUACUUCAAUUUCAUUGACUUCGAGCUGGCAAACGAUGAUAAUGGGAUACUAGUAGUAAUAAAUGCCACCAGGGUGGCGGAAGCGUGGCAAGCCCUGCGUCGCGCGCACCCGAUCCUGCGAAUGGCCAUCGUGGCCGUCGAGCACGACGAUUGCGCGUUUGCCAUGGUCCAGCUCCCGGCGGAAACGGAAAUGGAAAUGGAAAUGCUCCCGCCGCCGGGGGUGACGCUCAUUCCUCGGGAUCGGGCCGCGACCUUUGACCUGAGAGCGUGGCAACUCGAUGCUGCUCGGGCCGCUGCUGCUGCCGAGGUGCCGCACGGGAGACUAUGGGCCGUUGCCGUGGUGGACACGGAACACGGGGUGAGGAUGCAUCUGGCCAUGCACCAUGGGCUGUAUGAUGCCUAUUCCCUGCAAGUACUGCUGGAUGACCUGUCCAAGGCAGCCCAGGGGGGUGAGCUCCCCAUCCGCGCCGGCAGCGAGGAAGUGGUGGCGAACAUUUUUGGCCAUGUCUCCGCCGCAGCCGCGGAGAGCUCGGCCGAGUUCUGGAAGGGACAGGCAGACAGGGUUGUCAUCAACAGCUUCCCCGUCAUGACCCCCCUACGCGAGGAGUCGCGACAUAUCCUGACCGAGGCCAUGGAGAGCCGAGUUCCCUCACGCACUCUGGAAGCAGCCGCGUCCCAGUCCGGCCACACACUACAGGUCAUCAUCCAGGCGGCCUGGACGCGGGUUCUGUCUGCCUAUCUCGGCGAGGACGCGGUCGUGUUUGGGGUUGUGCUGUCCGGUCGAACCACCGAGGCGACUCGCGACGCCGUGUUCCCGUGCAUCACCACGUUGCCCGUCAUAUCGGCCAACCACGAGUCGAACCGGAGUCUGUUGGACGGCAUGCUGCGGUACAAUGCUGAGCUGUACAAGCAGCAGCAUCAGCCGCUUACUCGCAUCCAGCAGUGGCUUGGCUGUGCGGAUGCUCGGCUCUUCGACACGCUGCUUGCGUAUCAGAAAUUCGACCGGGAAGGUCCAGGGGAUACUAGUACUAGUAGUAGACCCUGGCGCAUUGUGGGCGAGAGUGCCAAUGUGGAGUACCCCGUGUCGAUCGAGGUAGAGCCCCAGCCAAAGGGUCGGCUGCGGUACGGGAUCACCUUCUUCAGCGACGUGCUCAGCAAGGAGCAGGCGGUGAUCCUGCUGCAGCAGUUCGAUGCCGCCGUGCAGCAGCUCGCUUUCACGCCGGACGGGCACGAAGCCGAUCUUUUCACAGCCCGGCCGGACCUGUUCUCGGUCCUACCCCCGGAGGUACCCGCGCUUCCGACCACGGUGAACUUGCUGCAUGAGUUUGUCGAACGCCAGGCACGCGAAACCCCCGAGGCCACGGCGCUGCAUUUCGUCACCGGCUUCGACGGCGGCACUGGUGCGUCCGUGGGAGACAAGUGGACGUACAGGGCGCUGGACGAGAACGGCAACCGGGUGGCUCACCUGCUGCUUCCUCAUGUCCGACGGGCGGGGGACAUCGUGGCCGUGUAUUUUGAAAAGUGUCCCGAGGCGUACUUCGCCAUCCUGGGCAUCCUCAAAGCCGGGUGUGCGUUCCUGGCUCUCGACCCGGGCGCGCCUCGCAGCAGGAACGAGUUCAUCCUGCAAGACUCGGGCGCGUUAGUUCUUCUUACCUCGCAUUCAAACCACAGCCUCGAACUCACUACUAUUUCUAUCCCUACCCUCACCAUCGACGCAGCUACCCUCUCUUCCUCCUCCUCCUCCUCCUCCCCCCUCCCUUGCACCCCACCGACAACCCCUCUCAUAACCACGAAACCCGCGCCGUCAGACGUAUGCUACGCGCUCUACACCUCCGGCACCACAGGAACCCCCAAGGGCUGCGCCAUCACACACUCCAACGCGGUGCAGUGCAUGCUCGCCUUCCAGCACAUCUUCCUCGGCCGCUGGGACCCUCCCACCUCCAAAUUCCUGCAGUUCGCCUCGCUGCACUUCGACGUGUCCGUGCUCGAGCAGUACUUCAGCUGGUCCGUGGGGAUCACGCUCGUCUCCGCGCCGCGAGACCUGGUCCUCGAAGACCUCGCUGGAUUUAUCAGGAGAGUAGGGGUGACGCACAUCGAUCUCACCCCUUCCCUGGCACGGCUGUUACACCCUUCGGAUGUGCCCAGCUUGUGGUGUGACAAAAAAGGCGUGUUCAUCACCGGCGGGGAGAGCCUGCGGCAGGAGAUCCUGGAGGCCUGGGGCGACACGGGCGUCGUGUAUAACUUCUAUGGCCCGACCGAGGCGACGAUCGGCGUGACCGUGUACCCGCGCGUGCCGAGGAACGGGCGCGCGUCCAACAUCGGGCGGCAGUUUGUCAAUGUCGGGGGUUAUGUCGUGAAAGGUAUACAGCAGCCGGGGACGGGGACGACGGCGGGCGGCGAGCUGCUACGGCCAGUGCUGAGGGGAGGGGUCGGGGAGUUGUGUGUGUCGGGCCCGCUGGUGGGGAAGGGGUAUUUGAGGAGGGAGGCGCUGACGGCCGAGAGGUUCCCCACGCUGAGGCUGUUGGGCGGCGGCGGUGGCGGUGGCGGGGACUCCGGGGAGAGGGUCUAUCGUACGGGCGAUCUGGUCCGCGUGCUGCAUGACGGGUGUUUUGAUUUCCUGGGCCGGGCGGAUGACCAGGUCAAGCUCCGCGGCCAGCGGCUGGAGAUGGGCGAGAUUAACCAUGCCAUCCGGAAGGGGGUGGAUGGUAGGGUCAGGGAUGUGGCCACGCUGGUGGUGCGCAAUGUGGUGCAGCAGAAGGACCUGCUUGUCUCUUUUGUCGUGGCGGAUGAUUGGAGCAGCAGGGGAAAACGCGCAGAGCCGGCAGGACGGCUGGAGCUGGUGGAGGGCCCGGAGGCGGCGGCGCUCUGUCGGCGGGCGAGGGACGCGUGCCGCGCUAGGCUGCCUGGGUACAUGGUGCCGACCUAUGUGCUCCAGGUGCCCUUCAUCCCGCUGUCGGCGAACAACAAGGCCGAGGUCAGGGAACUGCGGAGCUUCUUCGCUUCGCUUGGGCAGGAUAGGCUGGUCGAGCUGUCCUCCUCUGCCGACCCGCGCGGCCGGACUCUGGGUGUGACCGGAACAAGGGUUGCUCGGGUUAUCGCUGCGAUGCAGGGAGUCGAGGUGGACUCGAUUACACCGGACUCGAGCAUCUUCGAACUAGGUAUCGACUCCAUCUCGGUCCUUCGGCUCUCUCGGGCGCUACGAAACGAGGAGGGCUUUGCACAAGCCGGUCCAUCCUUGAUCCUCAAGAAUCCCUUGAUCCGAGACCUGGCUGCGGCCCUAGAGAUGGAGGCGCCGGCGUCUAGCUUCAACCCGGUAGCCGCGGCAAGGCAGUUGGUCCAAGCCUGCGCCCACAAGCACCGGUCGCUUGUCUGCCGAGAGCUGGGUGUCGCGCCAGACGAGAUCGAAUACAUUGCGCCAUGCUCGCCGCUGCAGCAGGGCAUGGUCUCGCGGUCGGCGGUCGACGGGGCGUAUUUCAACACGUUCCGCUUCGUGCUUGCGCCGGGGGUUUCGAGUGAACUUCUACGGGAGGCUUUCCAACGAGCAGCUGAUGCGCUACCCAUCCUGCGGACUGCCUUCGUGGCCACAGCCGACGGGUUUGUUCAGGCGGCAAUAAAGCGCGCUACCACCAGUAUCCCCUGGGCAGAGCCGCCCCUCGAUGGCCGGUCGACCGCUGAGCAGGCGAUCCAGAAGACGAGGGAGACCUGGAUUGCUCGGAAUCGGGGUGUCUCAGUCUUAGCCCAACAGUGGGAGGCUGUCCUCCUCAACGGGGACGCUGGACGCAUCCUGGCCCUUCACAUCUUCCAUGGCCUGUACGACGCCAACAGCUUCGCGCUGGUCAUGGACAGAGUGGCUGCGGAGUACAUGACCCUGACUGGCGAGUCGGCCGGGCAUAGUACUGGUACUACCUCCUCCUCCAUCUCGGCCCCCUCCUUCCUCGACGCCCUGUGCCACGGCCCGCUUCACGACUUCACCAGCAGCAAGCCAUUCUGGGUGAAGCAUCUCGAUGGUGCGACAAGUUCCCAGCCUGGCCGGACCCAUCCCACCAGCUCCUCCGCGCUCGCCAGCCGGCGCAAGAUCUCCUUCGACCGCCUGGAGACACUGCGAGUAUCGCUCGGCGUGGCUCAUCAAGCCCUGGUGCAAGCUGCCUUCUUGAGCGUCCUGGCCAAGCAUCUCUCGGCGGCCAAUCCGACCAUAGGCGUCAUCGUCUCGGGCCGCAGCAUCGAGCUGGACGGCGCCGAAAGCGUCGUCGGCCCGCUCUUCAACACGCUGCCCUUCCACGCUCGCCUGGGCACCACCACCCAUGAUGCGGGAUCGGGAUUGAAAGGGAUAAGCUGGUCGGCUUUGAUUCGACAGUGCCACGACUUCAACACCGCGGUGCUGCCCUUCCAGCACGUCCCGCUCCGAGAUGUGCAGAAGUGGUGUUCCGCCGGCGGCCCGCUGUUCGACACGCUCUUUUCCUUCCAGCGGGCGGAGCAGCAACCGGCUGCUGUUCGGCACGAGCAUUUGUGGACGGUGGUCGAGUCGGAACAUGUUGCGGAUUACCCGCUCGCGCUGGAGGCCACCCUGGACUCGGACGGCGGCUUGGACCUGCUCCUCGUCGCUCAGAGGGAGGAGCAUGGCCCUGAUGAGUUGGAGGAGAUCAUGGGUGGGUUGGAGCGGGCCUUUGAGCAGAUGGCUGAGCAGCCUGAGAGUGCAGUUCAUGUCAACGGGGUGGGACCGGCUGACCACGUUGGGAACGGUGCUGUUCCGAAUCGGCCUGUCGCUAACGCGGUUGGUAUGAACGGGCACCUGUCUACCAAUACUGCUCACGCAACUAAAGCGGCCUUCCGCUGGACCCAGGAAGCUGUCAUCAUCCGCAACGAAGUGGCCGCCCUGGCUGACACCGACCCAGAGGCCAUCUCCGAGACAACCCCCAUAUUCGGGCUCGGCCUCGACAGCAUUGAUGUCAUCAAACUGUCGGCGCGGCUGAAGCGAUGUGGAAUCGAGCUGAAGACCAGUGAGCUGAUGAGAGCGCAGACCAUUGCGGCUAUGAUGCAGCAUCUCCAAGCUCAGAUUUCCAACCGCAGGGCGGAGACGAACGGGGCCUCUACCCCGAAGAUCCAAAGGAUUGCCCACGCCAUAUCCGCCCUACGGGAAUAUGUGGCGGGACAAGACGACCUCGAGCUCGGCGAGGACGAAAUUGUGCUUCCAACAACCCCGCUGCAGGAAUCCAUGAUCGUGGCAAUGGUGGAAUCCGAUUUCCGGCUCUACUUCAAUCACGACGUCCUCGAGCUUGCACCCUCCAUCGACAUCCCCAAGCUGAAGCAGGCCUGGAGCACGGUGAUCGCGGGCUCGCCCAUCCUACGAACCCGAUUCCUGCCCGUGGAAAGCCCAUCCAUCCCAUCCGCGUACUGCCAAGUCAUCGGACACGACGCAUCCGUCUACAUGAGCGAGGUCAGCCUGGACAGCCACGACGAGCUGGCCAAGAUCUGCGACAGCGCCACGCUCCGGGCCUGCAAGGGCGCCGCGCGGUCCAACCUGCUGCAGCUUGUCUUCGCCCGCAUCCACGACCGCAACUUCCUGGUCCUGUCCGUCGCCCAUGCCCUGUACGACGGCUGGUCCCUGGGGCUCAUCUACCGAGACGUGCAGGCGGCCUACGAGGGCUCCUACCGCGCGCCCCCGAGCCUGGACAGCUACGUUGCUCAGCUGGAAGACAUCCUCUUCCCCGACGACGACGACGAUCAUCACCCCCACGGGGACGGAAAUACUUCGGCUGCCACCUUCUGGUCCAGCUUCCUACAGGACGCAACACCAACCAUAUUUCCACGCCACGAACACCCCCCAUCCAACCAAGAAGGGACAACAUCAGUAGUAAUCCACCGCCACUCAAAAACCUCCUCCCUCCCCGCACGGUCCCUAACAACCUUCUGCAAAACGCACGCCAUAACCCUGCAGGUCCUCACACAAGCCUGCUGGGCCGCCGUUCUCGCGGCCAAGACAUGCUCCCUGGAUGUCACCUUCGGCAUGGUGCUCUCGUGCCGCGACACGGGAGGACUCGGAGCCCAGAGAGAGGAGCUGGUCUUCCCGACCAUGAACACGGUUGCGGUGCGCAGCGUGCUGCACGGUUCUGUUGCGGCCUGGUUGCGGUAUAUGCAGGAUAUUAUGGUGGGUGGCGUCGGGGUGUAUGGGUCUUUUGCGCUGAGGGAGGUUUUGAGGAUUGUGCUGAGGAAGGAUGCUGAUAGGAAGGGUGGGGUUGGGGGGUUGUUUAAUACGCUGUUUAUUCUGCAGGGACGGCGGAACCACCGUGGGGAUAAUGAGAAUAAGGGGGUUGAUGGUGGUGGUGAGGGCUGGAUGGUGCGGUCGGUGGGCGGCGCGUCGGCGGUGGAAUACCCCGUCUGUGUCGAGGCCGAGAUGACUGAGGGUGAUGGGCUGGUUUGGAGGAUGGCGUGUGACGGCGGGUAUGCCUCGGCCGAGGAGACGGGGUUGAUGCUGGGCCAGCUGGAUCGGAUCCUUCAAUAUGUUGUCGGUUCCCCGGAGGCAGAUGUUUUGGUCUUUUCUGGCGAGCGCGUCUCCAUCUGCGGGCUGCCGCCGGUCGAGCUCCGGGAUCACCAGGACAAAGCCAGCUCUGCCGCACGGGCAGAUGCUACUACGAAUGGGGUGGAAGAGGGUGACGACGACGGGGCGUGGUUGCCCCUGGAGGAAACCAUUCGGGAUGUGCUGGCCGAGGUCUCGGGGGUGCCUGUGGCUGCGAUCACCAGGCGUAGUAACAUCUACCACCUGGGCCUCGACUCGAUCAGCGCCAUCAUGGUUGGCUCUCUGUUACGGAAAAGGGGGAUUGCAAUUGGCUUCCGGGAGAUGCUCAAGGCCGCGUCCAUCUCUGACAUGGCUCGGCUCGUGGACAAUGCCCGCCAAGCACCGCCAGGUUCGGAGUCUGUAUCAGGGGGUAGUGGGGGGAUCAACGAGUUUGAAGUUCCCCGAGCCAUCGACCUCCCUUCGACUCUCCGGGAGCUGGGAUAUGACCAGUCCGCAGUCGAGGACGUACGCCCCGCCUCCCCGAUGCAAGUCCACAUGCUCUCGGUGUGGCAGAACACGCAGGGAGCAGUGUUCUAUCCAUGCUUUACCUAUAGUCUCUUCGGAGAGAUCGACAUCAGCGCCAUCGACGAUGCCUGGAAGACCUUGGCAGACGAGACGCCCAUCCUCAGGACAGUGUUCGUUGCCACCAGCUCACGAUCGACCCCCAUCCUGCAGGUUGUGGUCCGCCCAUCGGCACUUGCCCCAACACGGAUCUCUACCGUCAGCACGGCAUGGGAGAGCAAGACGAGCAGCACCCUGUCCCAGCCUUACCACUCCCUGCAUGCUAAGCAAUCCACUGGAGACCACUGGACACUCCGCCUCAAAAUCCACCACGCGCUCUACGACGCCGUCAGCCUCCCAGCCAUCAUGGACCGCUUCGCCGCCCUCUGCCGCGCCAACACACCGCUGUUCAGACCAGUACCCGAGUCCAACUGGCGCUAUACCGCGGUGGACGUCCAAGCAAGGAAAGACUUCUGGACAUACCACCUCGCCGGCGCCAACCCUUCCCCCCCGCUACUAAUAUCCCUAGAACCCUCACCCUCACCCUCGCAUUCGCAUUCACAUUCCCGAACAAGUGUGCUCAGGCCCGCUGCUCUUCAAAAUCACGACCUCUCUAUCCCACGCCUCACAGCGAGGUGCAAAGCGGCCGGUGUCAGCUUGCAAGCCCUCUUCUUCGCCGCCUACGCGCACUUUCUCGCCUCCGCCUCCACCUCCACUGCGGCGAAAGAAAGACAGAGACCGGAGAGUGAGAGUGAGAGUGUGGUGUUUGGGAUUUACCUCGCCAACCAAACCUCCGACGCUCAAAAUGCUACUACAACUACUACUACUGCUGAGCCACUGUGGGGCGGCGGAGACCCCAACCUGCGCCUCGUCCCGCUCCGCGUCCGACUCCCACUCCAAUCUGGGCUCACUACGACUACUAGUAUUACUAGUAGUAGGCUCAUGGAUGUCGCUGCCCAGGUCCAGCGUGAUCUCCACGCCAUCUCAGACCCUGUCAACGUAGACGUGGGGUUGUGGGAGGUGAAGGAGUGGGUUGGGCUCGAGGUGGACACGUUUGUCAAUUUCCUUGUGGCGGGGGCAUCGUCGGCACAGAAACAGCCUGUUUCGAUAGAGGGAGAUGACGUGAGGCUGGAGUUGGUGGAGGAGGAGGGGCUGGCUCGCGAGGAUGGCGAUUCCAGUUCCAGUUCCAGUGCUGAUGGUGAGUGGGGGGAGAUGUUCGAGGUAGGUUCGGAGAUUGCGGGCAACCCUGUGAUGGAUGCGUAUCCGGACGCUAUCGACGUCGAGGUUUCGGUGAAGGGGGAGGACUUGACGAUUGGUGUGUUUGGGUCGGGCAAGAGGCUGAGUCGCGAGGGAGCGGACCGGAUCAUUGACGGCAUCGUCGAGGUGCUGAGGGCGGCGGUGGAAUAG